UGGUGCAGCCAAAGAAGUGGACAUCAAGACCCGAAGUGGCGGGUGAAUCUUGGAAUCUGGAGCCAAAACCCCCGCAUCACGGAUGAGCUUCCAUCUUACCGACGUCGGCUUCUGGCGGUCUAGCGUACUGUGCGCUCAGCUCCUCAUCUCUCUCUCGCUUGUUCCUGCUCACAAGCACUUCCGCAUGCGUUACCUUUGUACGUAAGGCGCUCAUGAAGCGACCAAGGGGAGAUGUUGCCACGGGCCCUGGGUUGCCAGACAUGGAGGCUACCUGGAUCGAUACGGCCAUCGCCAGGUCGGAGCUUCGCUGGAGGAGCAAGUUGGACGCGGCGGGCGCUGUUGACACGCGCUCAUGAUCGCGGACCUUCUGAGCCGCCACUGCUUGAGCAAACUGUGCCCGAACAUUUUGCUUCAAUUGUCCGGCAACAUGGAGACCGUACCGCUGUUGUCUCUCGCCAUCAACAGACUCAGUUGACCUACGAUGAGCUCGAUCGGAAGAGCAAUGCCUUGGCGCGCGGAUUCCAAAGUAUUGGCGUUAGGAAGGGUGACCGGGUCGCAGUCUUCCUUGGUAAUAACAUCGAAUUUGCCGUGGCGACUUAUGCAAUCUUCAAGCUUGGUGGGAUUCUGAACCCUCUUAACCCUUCCUUCAACGUCAGCCAGGUCAUCUCGGCGGCCUCGCACCUUGGAACGAGCCACUUGAUCAUUGGAGCGGAAACGAAUCUGAUAAGGAGGCCUCCGAGAAGUAAUGUGCAGAUGCUAGAGCAAAUUGUGCCGAAUAUCAAAGGGAGCAAGCUGAAGUCGGAAUCCAUGCCAUCGUUGCAGCAGAUCGUUCUUGUUGACAACUCGUCCGGACGGGUCGACACGCAAGAGCUAAGAGCUGCAGUCCCUUUCCAGGCGCUGUUGGAUGGAUCUGAACAGUCAUUACCGGAUCAAGGUCUGCAUAAGGACGACGUUGUCAACAUACAGUUCACGAGUGGAACAACUUCAAUGCCGAAGGCAGCGUGCCUUUCGCACCGGUCAAUACUGAACAAUGGCAUGCAGAUCGGUGACCGUAUGCUGCUGACGCCGGAAGAUGUCGUCUGUUGUCCGCCUCCACUGUUUCACUGCUUUGGCUGCAUUCUCGGCUACAUGGCUACUGCUACGCACGGCUCCUCGAUCGUUUUUCCUUCCGAAGCUUUCGACCCGCUCGCGACACUGAAGGCUGUACAAGAGUACAAAGCCACGGCUCUCUAUGGCGUUGCAACGAUGUUUCUGGCCGAACUUGAGUUGCUCGCCAAUGGCACUGUACCAUACGAAGGCUUUCAGCACCUACGUACAGGUAUCGCAGCUGGCAGCUCCGUGCCAGCGGAACUCAUGCGGAAGUUGCACAAAAUCUUGAAUCUGCACGAGCUCACGAUCUGCUACGGCAUGACCGAAACUUCUCCAGUGAGCUGCAUGACACGCACAGACGAUCCCCUUCAGAAACGCAUCGAUACUGUCGGCCGCCUUAUGCCACAUGUGGAGGCCAAAGUAGUCGACAUUGAAGACCGCAGCAAGAUACUGGGCGUCGGUGAGCGCGGCGAGCUUGCUGUAUCUGGGUAUCUGGUUAUGAAGGAGUACUGGGGUGACCCGGUCAAGACGGCAGAAGCCAUGAUACCAGACCACGAAGACCCAACGAAGCUUUGGAUGCUGACCGGGGACGAGGCAAGCAUGGACGAAGAAGGCUACGUCAGCAUCACCGGCCGUAUCAAGGAUCUGAUUAUCCGAGGCGGCGAGAACAUUCACCCGCUGGAGGUGGAGAACUGCUUGCUCGCGCACGACAGCGUUCGCGAAGUCAGUGUCGUUGGCCUACCAGAUGAGAAGUACGGUGAAAUCGUUACCGCUUUCGUUGUGAAGGCGCAGGGCGUGGCUUUGACCGCCCAAGAGGUCCGAGACUGGGUAAGGGAGAAGCUGAGCGGACAUUUGGUGCCAAAGUACGUUUUCUGGACUGACGACUACCCGAAGACUGCAAGCGGCAAGAUCCAGAAGUUCAAACUGCGCGAGAUGGGCGUACAGUUGCUACGCGACGGACAAGGCUUGGAGUAGUCGUAUGAAUGUGGAGGGCUCGCAAGCUCGCUCCGGGGUUGUGAAGUGGUUGUGCUACAUUGUUGCUAACGACCUCUCGCUCUUUUUCAUUGUACCGUUUCCAAAUCAUGCCACUGCUGGUAUCUAGUAACACUCAAUCAACACGCAAACACUAUGUUCCUCCUUGCAACCUCUAAACGCCACCACAAAUGCAUCUCCGCAAUCGCCGCCCUUCAGCAUGGGUCCAGAAAAGCGAUGUGCUGUUAAACAAUAGUUGCGCCACUCAGCACUUGAGCUAGCGAUGUAUAACUGGUAUGUGCGGCGAGUUCGCCGUCCUCCAGACAGAUAAAAUAAUAUACUUUUAAGCGCCUCCGGUAGCCCA